AGAAGCGUAACUGACGUGCGUGUAAAAAGUUUUUAUUUCCUCCAGAUAAAUGGAUUUAGACGAGACAACAAGAUGACUGCUGCGUCCUGCACACUGGAGGACGGACAGAGACAUGCGACCAAGUGUCUCCCUGCUCGGUCAGUGCUCCAUCGGAGGAAGGACGGGGGUGGACACUGGCUUGUGGCUUACAGGAAGGCAGAGGAGCAGAGUUACAGUCACAUGUACAGACGGAUUAAAGAGACUCGUGAAGGACAUGAGAACAUCGCGGUGACUGAUGCUCCUCAUGGUCACACGUUAGAUGGACCCUUCCUCCUGCGGUUACAUUGUGUAGAUAAACCAUCCGAGCUGUGCACCGUUCACAUCAGUGAACAGGAGCUAGAUUCUGUGAAGCCUGAAGAUCUCAAGAUGUUCGAUAACGUAGCUUACAUCGAUGCCUCUGUCAACCUCCUGUCUUUAGGGUCUUUCAGCAGUUUUGUGUCUUUACGAGAACUCAAUCUGUCUGUAAACGGGAUUCACAACAUGACGUUUGAUGCCUCUGACUUCCCUCACCUCCAGGUUUUGGAUUUGUCCUACAACAGUCUGUCAGCUGACGAUGUUGUUUCCAUCAGUCGGCUUCCUCGUCUAAAAGUCCUUCAUCUGACUGGAAAUCAGCUUCAUCAUCUUCCUCCUGAUCUGAGAUCAACUCAGCUUUUUGCUGAAGAAGAAGACGACUCACAGUUUAAAGCUCUGGAAGUUCUGAUGCUUGAUGACAACAAACUUUCCUCUGGAGUCUUCAACAGUCUCAGAAAGCUGAAAAGGUUAAAGUACUUGAAUUUACAGGGGAACCACAUAUCUGAAAUACCAUUUUUGCAGCCAAUGGGGUCUUUGGAACCUGCAUCCAUUUCUGAAAAGGAACCUGGCAAUAAAAUCUCACAGGAAAACCUGGAGGAGCUCUGCAAAGGAUCCAAUUUGCCACUACCAGAGCUUCAGUUCCUCAAUUUAUCUCACAACAAAAUUGCAGAGGAGGAAGCCCUGAUGGUCGCUGCUUUUUUCCCUAUGCUUCGUGAAAUCGAUAUUCACUCUAACCCUCUGACCACAAACAGAAGCGGAGACCCUCCCUUACUGACCUACUACCUCCAGGAGAGAUUGGGGAUAACAAUAAAGCGUAAAGAGACACGAGAAGUUCUGAGGGCGCCACUGAAAGUGUCCACUGAUCCAAAAUGGAAGGUGGAAGAAAGAAUCCCAAAGGUGUCAAAGAAACGCUUGUUGAUGGACCAGGAAACUGUUAAGAAAACCCCAGAGUGUGAUGGGAAGAACAACGAAGACGGCCCCUUCACAGAAAACACGGAUAACUUCUUUGUCACUCAGGCUGCAGACGUUUCUAAAUCUGAUGAACAAGAGACGGCAGAGAACGAGGACGCCACUGUUCCUGAAAAAUUCCACCAUUACCAAAGGUUGAUGGACGUGAAACCACACCCUGGUGUAGUGGAGCCCAUUGGAAUUCAAACAGCUGUUCGGAUGCUGGAACACACACUGAAGACUCUCAAUGUUUACAGAGACUCAAAACCAAAAUCUGAUAGCAUCCAGAUGCCACACAGAGAGACGGAGAGAAAGAUAAAAGAUCUUCCACCUUUGAAACCAGCGAAGCAGCCAGCUGAAAGGGUGGAGGACAUGCUGAAGGAAAUCAGAGAGAGUACAACGAUAAGAGAAUUCGCCUUGAGCGAGGCCAUACACAGCACACGUGUUAACAGGCAAGAACAAAAGGAAGUUUUAUCGCUGCUGAGGGACAUGAAGACAAAAUACAAGAUGCUGCACAAGAAAAGCAUUGAACAAGUAGCCAGCGUUGAGUCUGACAGAAACACAGACCUUCAUGAAGCUCCACCUCCGCCUGGUCAGACGUUCUAAUUCACAUUCAAAACUUCCUUCUAUGCUGAUGUUGGUGUAGACCUGGUGUGUGAGGACCUGAAAUCUCUGUUUCCAUCUCAUUAAUACUGUGACAGGCAUGUAGAGAUGGCUUUGAGCAGCUGCAACUGUUACCAGGUCGAUUCUCCCUCACUGCUGUAUCCGUGCAACAGAGCUCAAGUUGGACAUGACCUUUCUUUUUACAUGUGUACCUUUAUCUGUUCAGCUGAGUUGACAUCUCAUUGCUUGCCUGUGCCGUUACAUCUUUGAAAAAUGGUUUGUCCCUGAAGCACGAUGAAAGGAAGCAUUUAUCGGCUGCACUUGAAGGACCCCUCGAAAUAUGGCAGUUUAGUUGCAUCACUGUGAUGCAAUCGGUCUUAAAAUGCUGCCUCUCGAAGGACGCAGCCCCUGAACUGAGACACAGCGUAGGUGUCAUUUAAUUCAUUUCCUUCUACUUUUGACAAACGUACGACAGAAUUGUGAAGAUCCAUUGAAUAGCACUGUGAAAUCCACAAGUGUUUAUUUAGGUUUGGGUCAAUAUGUACUGGAAAAGGAAACUUGGCAUUAGUUCCAUCUUCUGCAAGAACGAAACACAUGAGAGAAGCUGCAGCCCAGCAGGUUACAGCAGUAGUGGCUAUAAGCGGGUGAAGUCAGUAGUAAGACCUCGUAGUUAUCUGAAAUACUGCACAGUAUCCUCCAGGGACACGGUUUACGUUUUGUUGUGAUGUUGACUUUUUAACCUAAAGCUGAGGAUGUGGUUCUAUGUAUGGUUUCUUACUAUGUGAAAUGUUGUUAAGCCAUCUGGAGAAUAUCUAUACUGCAAGUUAAAGGUAAUCAGUAGAUUUACUAUCUCAUAUCUCCUGGUUUGUUUAUAGAUAUUUGGCUUUAUAGGUAUCAGACAUAUAUGAUUGUAUGAAUACAGUGUUACACUUCAGUGAAGCUGUUCGGUCAUUAUUUCAUUUCCAUCAGGAACCAGAGUAGAGUCAGCGUCGAGCAGUUGUUUAUUUGCAAACAGACCUCUUUAGCUCAGUCAGAUUUACAGCUCAUGUGUCUUGUUACAGCACUAGUCGAUAUGUUAUACAUGACAUUCCAACAAGCUCGAUGUUUCUUUUUUCAUUUGGAGUCAUGUUUCUUUGUUUGUUUUCCUUGUUCAUUCCUCUUUUGAUUUCAUGCUUUGUUCCUUCAUAUGAUUCCAAUUAUUUGUCUUCGGAGCCGCUCGCAGAUGUGGAAUGCGAGUUCAGCCCAGGUGAAAUAAAUCAAUAGGUGCUGUGAAGAUGCUGUCAUGCAGAGUUCGACUUUAUUACAUUCAUCUGUGAAUAUUUCCCUGCUUCUGUAUCUGUUACAUGCUAAAUAAAAUAUGCAUUACGUA